AUCGCCAGUUACGCACACGCGCGCGCUCAUUCACGUUUCCUGUCGCUUUUCCUCCCCCUUGUGUUGAAGAAAAAGAGCGUCGGUUGAGGCGUUUACGUGUGCAGGUGUCGCUCUGUGGGAGAAAAUAAAAUCAUAUCGAGGAAUGGCUGCUGAAGUGAAUGGCAGCUCUGCUCCUGCAAAAGAAGAAGAGGAGCCUAUGGACGUCUCAGCGACACACACUGAGAACUACCAGACUCUCAUUGAUGCUGGACUUCCCCAGAAAGUAGCUGAGAGCUUGGACAACAUCUUCCAGACUGGUUUGGUGGCCUAUGCUGACCUUGACGAAAGGGCGAUCGAUGCUCUGCGCGAGUUUAAUGAAGAGGGAGCUCUGUCUGUCCUGCAACAGUUUAAAGAGAGUGACUUGUCUCAUGUUCAGAAUAAGAGCGCUUUCCUAUGUGGCGUCAUGAAGACCUACAGACAGAGGGAAAAGCAAGGCAGCAAAAUACAGGAGUCCACAAAAGGCCCUGACGAGUCAAAGAUAAAGGCUUUGCUUGAGAGGACAGGAUAUACCCUGGACGUCACUACAGGACAGAGGAAAUAUGGCGGCCCGCCCCCAGAGGCAGUUUUCUCGGGCACACAGCCUGGUAUUGGCACCGAGGUGUUUGUGGGAAAAAUUCCUCGGGACUUGUAUGAAGAUGAGCUGGUGCCACUGUUUGAGAAGGCGGGGCCCAUAUGGGACCUGAGGUUAAUGAUGGACCCUCUGUCUGGACAGAACCGUGGCUACGCUUUCAUCACGUUCUGCAGCAAAGACGCUGCACAGGAGGCUGUCAAACUGUGUGAUAAUUAUGAGAUAAGGCCAGGGAAGUAUUUGGGUGUCUGCAUCUCGGUAGCCAACAACCGAUUGUUUGUGGGCUCCAUUCCAAAGAAUAAGACCAGGGAAAGCAUCCUGGAGGACUUUGGCAAAGUGACAGAGGGUCUACAGGAAGUGAUUCUGUACACGCAAGCUGACGACAAGAAGAAGAACAGAGGUUUCUGCUUUCUAGAGUACGAGGACCACAAGUCAGCAGCGCAGGCCCGUCGCCGACUCAUGAGCGGCAAAAUUAAGGUGUGGGGCAACCCCGUGACUGUGGAGUGGGCCGAUCCGGUCGCCGAGCCUGACCCUGAGGUCAUGGCCAAGGUGAAGGUGCUGUUUGUCCGUAAACUAGCCACUUCUGUGACCGAGGAGCUGCUUGAGAAGACUUUCUCACAGUUUGGGAAACUGGAGCGUGUUAAGAAACUGAAAGAUUAUGCCUUCGUUCAUUUUGAGGAACGGGAUGCCGCUGUUAAGGCCAUGGAGGAGAUGAAUGGGAAAGAGCUUGGGGGAGAAGAGAUCGAGAUUGUCCUGGCUAAACCUCCAGAUAAGAAGAGGAAAGAGCGGCAAGCUGCCCGGCAGACCAGCAGAAACACAGGGUAUGACGAUUAUUACUACUACCCCCCACCUCGCAUGCCACCUCCUGGCCGUGGGCGUGGCCGUGCUGGUCGUGGUGGCUAUUCUUAUCCACCCGAUUACUACGGCUAUGAAGAAUACUAUGACGACUACUACGGUUAUGAUUACCAGGACUACCGUGGUGGCUAUGACGAUCCCUACUACGGCUAUGAAGAAGUAUACCCGAUAAGGGGACGUAGCAGCCGCGGGAGUCGUGGAGCUCUGCCCCCUCCCAGAGCACGUGGGGUUCCCCCGAGUCGUGGCAGAGGAGGCUAUGCGCCGAGAGGAGGUGCUCCUAUGGGGGCUGGCCGAGGAGGACGCGGAGGAGGACGAGGCGGCCCUUUUCAAUCCCCCAGGGGUGGACGUGGCACCAGGGGUGCCCGUGGAAACCGCGGCGGCAACGUGGGCGGAAAGAGAAAGGCAGACGUCUUUAACCAACCAGAUUCAAAACGACGCCAGACGACCAAUCAGCAGAACUGGGGGUCACAGCCAAUCGCUCAGCAGCCACUACAGCAAGGGGGUGAUUACUCCAGCAACUACUACAGCAAUGACACCCUGGAGUUCUCCCAGGAUUCCUACGGCCAGCAGUGGAAGUAGACGACACACACGUCACCUUCCCCCCCAUCAAAAGAGUAUGUCAGUGACACAAUAAGGACACGUCCCAGAAUUGGCUUCACAAAUCCUGAUUGGCUGAAAGUACGUUUUGGCUGAAGACGAGAAUGUAUCCGUUCCUCCUCCUCCUCCUCCUUCCCCUGAUUGGUUUGCUCUCUCUCUCUCUAUCUAUCUCACACACGAACGACUGGGACAUUUUUGUCUUAAAUCAUGCUCCACUUUUAUCCCUUCCAUUUGUUCUUUGUUUUAAAAGCCAGCAAUGAACAUUUUAAAAGAAACGAGGACUUUGACUUCUCAAAAAAAGACAAAAAAAAAAAAAAAAGCCUGUACGUUUAAAAUCAUGAAAUGGUUUUUCAGAAACCUCCUGUCCAAACAUUCAUUCAAACUCCCCUCCCCUCCCCAACACAUCCAUACUGUAUACCCUCUUAUUACUCUCUCUCUCUCUCUCUCUCUCUCUCUCUCGUUCUGUGGUUUCUGAUAGUGGCAUAGGGUCUUGCUUGUAAAUAAUGGCUAUGACUAGAGCUUCAUUUUCAUUUUUUUUGUCUUUUUUCGGAAGUGGAGAAAGAAUCCACGGGAAGGAAAAACAGUUUUGUAGCUGGAAGUACCGUUAAGUGUAUGUUUAGCAUUUCUAGAAGUAGUUAAAUUGUGUUUUUUAAAACCUGACAUAACUUCAGAAUUCCCCCCCUCCCCUUUUUUUUUUUUUUUUUUUUUUUUUUGAAAUUUGCUCGUUAGGACUUUGGUUUGGCUCACCUUAAGAGCCAUGACAGUUUGUUCUCUGAUGUUUGUAUUUAUAACUUUUAUUUUUUUGUUUGUUCCGUUUCAAUAAAAACUCAUCCGAGCAACAAUUGGUCAAGUAACUUGAAACUCAA